AUGGCUGGAGCCAUGAAAUUGAGGUGGCUGUUUGCCUGUCCUGGCUGGCGUGACAUAUUUGCCAUCCCAAGAGCCACAGUGGCCAGAAUUGUUCACAAUGUGGUAGAGGAGAUGAUGAUCAUCCUUCACAGGGCCGUUCACUUCCCCAAGCUGGAAGAUAUGGAGGAGGUGGGGGCAGGAUUUACCCAACUGGCUGGCCACGAGGCAUUCCGCUGUGUGGCAGGCGCAAUCCAUGGGUGCCACAUCUGCGUCGUCCCACCUGCUGAACCACAAAAAAAAAGUUACAUCAAUCGGAAGCUCUUCCCCUCUGUGGUGCUCCAGGCUGUUUGUGACAGCUCUGGAAAGUUCUUGGACACCUACGUGGGAAAUACCAGCUCUGUGCAUGAUGCCCUGGUCUUCCAGAGGUCACUCAUGUAUAAAGAGUACCUUUAUCAACCAGCUGGCUACGUCCUUCUUGGGGAUGGAGGGUACCCAUGCCUGAGGCAUCCAGUCACCAUCAUAACGCCGUACCGCCAGCCCUUAGCAGGUAAGAAAAGACUGAAGAAAAUGUUUAACUUCACACAUCAGUUGUUACUAUGCAUUUAAAUUCUGGGAUUUCUAUAAGACUGAAACAUUAACAUGAGAAGUACUUAUCUGUAUUUUUCACAAUUAGGUUGCGUUGAGGAACACUUCAUCCAUGUGUUCCAUGUGGCAUGUUGAAGACCCGCUGGAGAGCCAUAUUCUUACGUGCUUUGGAGAUCCGGUCUAUAUUUGCCCCAAAGGUGGUCACAGCCUGCUGCAUCCUCCACAACCUCUGCCUGGCAACAGGCGAUAUCCUGGAGGAGGAACAUCACAAAUCGAAAAACAGCACAAUCGAAAACGCUACCGGGCACUCCGGUGUCAUCCCUCAUGCCAGACUGGCUGCACAGGUGUCUGCUCCCAACAGAGAGCUGCCAAAACAUUUAAGGGAGCAUGAUUACUAA